AUGAAUCUGUUGUUGUUGUUGGUGACGUGGGCUUGCCUCAUACCACAGGUCUUCUGUUACGAUGCGACGCAGUUUCUCAGCCAGAUCCCCCAAUGCGCUGGAAACUGUCUCCUCUACUUGGCCUCUAAUUCUACCUGUGGUCUGGAUGUAGAAUGUCUCUGCGCUGACACAAAGCUUCAGACCCAGGUCAAGAGCUGUGUCCAGGCCAACUGCCUCCCAAUGGAAGCUUUGUCAACGUUGAAGGCGACUUCAGUGGCCUGUAAGUAUCCCGUGCGAGAUAAACAUACUCAGUUCGACGUUCUGGCCGUCGUCUUGUGUGUAGUAACGGGAAUUAUGGUUGGCCUCCGGUUCUUCGAGAAGUUGCGAUAUGAGAAAAGGUUCCGACCAGAGGAUUAUCUCGUCGCUUUCUACUUUGCGCUUACUCUCACCAACACAAUUACCUGUAUCUAUGGCCUUUCCGGAAAUGGUUUAGGAAGAGAUACAUGGAUAUUCAGUCCAGAUACCAUUACGACUUUUCUCAUGUACCUUUACAUCGGCCAAACGAUUUACGCUACCGAAGUAUUUAUCACAAAGAUCUACGUCACCCUCUUCUACCUCCGUAUCUUCCCUGUCCCCAAUGUCCGAAGACUGUUAUGGGGUACCAUUAGUCUAUCAGUGGUGUGCCUGGUGGCCUUCAACAUUUUGGCGAUUACGCAAUGCCAGCCAAUCAGCUUCUUCUGGCAAGGUUAG